CGUGACGCAUCCCGUUUCCAGCUUCGAGACACCCCAAAUAACACUUUUCGUUUUCCUGGAUUUUUAAAAAAAUAAAAAAAGAGGCUUUCUCUUCGAUUUUUCAAUCAGGAGUUGUCGAUUCUGGGAGCUUCGAGGGUUGAUCAUUUGUUGUAAGAAUCUUGCAAAAUUUAAAAUGGUACGAAUUAUAGUACUUUCAAGGAAAAGUGGUGGAUAUGGAUACCUCGGUGCUUCUCAGUUCUUAGGGCUUCGAGGGGAGCUAUAAAACAAAAGGGAUAGAUCGAUCUUAGGAAAAGGGGAAGUCUCCUCGUGAUUAAGCGGAGCAACUGUCCUCAAAGUCGUUUGCUUCAAUUGAAAAUAUUUUUGCAACGCCUGAUUUUGGAGAAGAGAUCAAAUAGUCUAAAUGGAAGAUGGUGCAGGCGAUGAGAAGACAAGAAGGGUUGUUUUUGUAACUGUGGGGACGACUUCAUUUGAUACUCUUGUGAAAGCGGUGGAUUCUUCGACAGUCAAGCAAGAGUUAUUUACAAGAGGGUACACCCACCUCCUGGUUCAAAUGGGUCGCGGAUCUUAUGUUCCCACUAAGUCCGAAGGAGGUAGUUCGUUGGCUGUAGACUACUUCACCUUUUCCUCCAGCAUUGCCGACCAUCUCAAUUCAGCCUCUCUUGUCAUCAGUCACGCAGGCUCAGGCAGCAUAUUCGAGACGUUACGUCUGGGCAAGCCUUUAAUUGUGGUUGUGAAUGAAGAUUUGAUGGACAAUCAUCAAAGUGAACUCGCAGAAGAAUUGGCAGAUCAAAAACAUCUGUACUGUGCGCGUCCUCAAACUCUCCAUCAAACUGUAGCUGAUAUGGAUUUGAAUUCUCUUGUCCCUUACUCUCCAGGUGAUGCCACACCUGUGGCAAAGCUCAUAAAUAGGUUCCUCGGUUUUCCUGAUGAUUAACGAGUUAAAAAUAUGAUUCAUCUAACAGUUUUCUUUUUAGAAAAAACAUGAGAAUUAUAAAUCUCAGUUACCAGCCAACACAAGAAGCACUUGGGCGGGAUGGUUACAAUUGACAAAGCUCAACUCAAACGGUGUCAGUCUCACGCCUUGAGUGUGAGCAUACUUGUUGAAAACCAAGAAAGAUCAUAAUUGAUCUGGACAUACUAGAUAUGUGUCGUGACAAUGUUGCGCCAGACAUUAUAUUCAACUCAAAAGCUACAUGCGAGCUACGUGUUUAAGUUUGAAAAUAUGAAUGUUCUCUCCUCUGCAUAUAUCUCCUUGGGAUCCCUGAACUCAUUGAUAUCGGAAUCAUUUUUUUUUUUUGCGUGUGCAUCCAGUAUUUUGGGUCUACUCAUGGGGCCUAGGCUAAUCCAGAUUGAGCUGAGUGGGACCCUUUCGGGUGGUAAGCUCUACUACCGAGUAUUUAACGUUGCUGCAUUUCUAAGUUUGAACAUUAGACCUCUGGUUGAGCUGGAAUAAUUUUCUUACUAGUUGAUCUAAGCACUUGGUGGUAUUGGUAUAGGAAUCAUUGUGGAAGUCAAUUGUUUCAUGGUUAUCGCAUAAAUAAGACUCUUGAUGAGGAGAAAAUAGUUUGAAGUAGCGAAUGUAUUUGGUGCUGAUAACAAGCACUUAAAAAGUUAACAUUUGAAGUUUGGAUGCAAAUGUGGUGUUGUAAUGAAUGGAUGGGUGAAGCACAUGGCGUGUGACUGAUACGGGACAUGGGAUAUCUGAACGGAAAGCGAAGGUUGAAUGUGAAGUAUAUUGCAUAGUGGGUUCGGUUGUUGUGGUCCUGCUCCAUCUUGAAUAUAGCUUUCUGAUGGCCACAUGACGGGUGUGACUUUGAGCUCGCCAUUUUCAUGCCCUUUGCAUAAUGAAUACUGCUUUCCACCCCUGAUGUAAUAGCUACUUGGUGUCUUUCUUUGAGUGUAAAUAUAAAAUCUUAAUUUAUUUUGUUUCUCAUGCUUAUAA